AUGCCUAACGAAAACCCUGCCUGUGCUGACUGUAAAGCCAAGAAGAAGCGGUGCAUCCACCGUAACCAACCUGUGAAGGUCGCCGAGGCUGAAGCCGUCCCAGCCAGCAUGCCUUCUCCUUCCGCUCCCGCCUCCGUCCCCACCCCUGCUCCCACUCCUGCUCCUGUGGCUGCCCCCGGUGCUGCCACCCGAGGCCGCCGCAAGGCCGCCGAGGCCAGGACCAAGGAGAUGAGUCCCGCUCCCGCCGACUCCAGCGACGAGCUUUCUUCCGUGCCCUCCGAGGCCGAGCAGAAGCCGGUGGUCAAGAAAUCCACCAAGCGUAGUCGCCGUGCCAAGAACAAGGCCGCUGCCGAGUCCCAGAACGAGGCCCCUAACCUCGCCGCCGAUAACCUUCAGGCUGCUUCCACCAUGUCCGUCCACACUGUCUGGGCCCAUGAGCUUCAUGAAAACCUCCAGGACCUCGAGAGGUGCAUGCAGACCUUCGAUGAAGCUCACCGCGCCACCAUGGCCGCUGCCCACACCAUCCAGCGCACCGUCGACGGCUGGAUUCAGACUUGGGCCGUCUCUGGUCGUUAA